AAUAGUGCACACUGCACAGAUGCAGCUUUUUUCUUGUGUUUUUCAUUUCUGGAAUUUUUCCUUUUAAGUUUUUAAGAAUAAAUUGUUGUUGCUGUCAUAUCGGAUGCUUUUAUAAGGGAUGUUUAAGUUUUAAAAAUGGCGGCGAAAGGGAAAGCAGCACUUUUCGAUAACAAUAAAGUCAAUGCGGAUCUCAUCAAGUUAACAUACGGUGCUUUGGUUGCACAAAUUAUUAAGGAUUACGAACGGCCAGAAGAAGUCAACAAGCAGCUGGACAAACUUGGGUAUAACAUUGGAGUGCGUUUAAUUGAAGAUUUCCUUGCUCAUCACAACAUUCCUCGUUGCUUGGAUUUUCGCCAAACUGCUGAGCGCGUGCAACAGGCAUUCCGUUUUUACAUGGGUGUGCAACCAUUUGUGGGAAACUGGUCUCCAUCGGCAAACGAGUUCUCGCUGAUUUGGGAACAAACUAGUCCUAUUGGAGAUUUCGUUGAAUUUCCGGAUAGCUGUCGGAACUUGGAAUAUUCUCGUGUUCUCUGUGGUGCAGUUCGAGGAGCUUUAGAAAUGGUGCAAAUUGAUGUGAAAGUCAGCAUCGUACGCGAGUUUCUGCUGGGCGAAUCAGCCACCGAGUUGAAAGUGCAUUUUACUAAGCGCCUGGAAGACGCACUACCUGUUGGAGAAGAUUGAUGUUGUGUUUGUUUUCUUUUUUAUUAAUUAAUUAUGAUUUUAUUAAUCAUUUUUAACCGCGAGGCACCGAAAGUUUCAAAGAGGUCGUAAAAUGUGCAUCAUAAAGCCAAAUAAAAAAUAAGAGCAAA